AUGCCUUCCAAAGUCAGCUGUACUACUGCAAUCGAGCGUGAAGAUGGAGAGUGCAAGAACAGUAACAGUGAUAACUACACAGACCUGAUGCAUGAUACAGCAAAGAGCUCUGCUUCUAAAGUAGAAGAUAAUACGAAUAGCAUUUCAUCUACCCAACAGAACAGUUCUAGUCGGGCUCAAUGGGAACGUCCAUACAAGUGCACCACCUGUAACAAGGCUUUCUCUCGUACCUCAUCUCUCCACGUGCAUGAGCGAAUUCACACAGGGGAACGUCCAUACAAGUGCACCAGCUGCAACAAGGCUUUCUCUCAAACCUCAAAUCUCCAUCUACAUGAACGAAUUCACACAGGGGAACGUCCAUACAAGUGCACCACCUGUAACAAAGCUUUCUCUGAUACCUCAUCUCUCCACAGGCAUGAGCGAAUUCACACAGGGGAACGUCCAUACAAGUGCACCACCUGUAACAAGGCUUUCUCUCGUACCUCAUCUCUCCACGUGCAUGAGCGAAUUCACACAGGGGAACGUCCAUACAAGUGCACCAGCUGCAACAAGGCUUUCUCUCAAACCUCAAAUCUCCAUCUACAUGAACGAAUUCACACAGGGGAACGUCCAUACAAGUGCACCACCUGUAACAAAGCUUUCUCUGAUACCUCAUCUCUCCACAGGCAUGAGCGAAUUCACACAGGGGAACGUCCAUACAAGUGCACCACCUGUAACAAGGCUUUCUCUCGUACCUCAUCCCUCCACGUGCAUGAGCAAAUUCACGCAGGGGAACAUUCAUACAAGUGCAUCACCUGA